AUGAAGGAGUGGAAUCUUAGAGUUUUUGGCAAUAUUCACGCCAGAUUGAAGCAGGAUCAACUUCGUUUUGAAACUGCGGCUAGAAACUCAGAUAAAGACCCUAGUAACAUGGCUAAGUUGAAUGUUAUGAAAGAUGCUAUGGCUACUCUUUCUGAGACUCGGUUGCAGCAAGUGACUAUGCUUAAGAAAAAGUCAAGGAAACAAUGGCUUGCUGAAGGCUCAAGUAACUCAAGUUUUUUUCAUAAUAGUAUUCGUAUUAUGAGGAGUAAUAACACAAUUUCUGAGCUGGUUGAUUCGAAUGGUGUUACUCUUUCUGAUUAUGAUAACUUGCGAGACCAUAUUGUGCAUUAUUAUGAAGAUAAAUUCAACGGCCAAGAGUUGGAUUUAGAUGAAGAUCUUUUUAAUUUUGAGCACCCUAGCAUUUCAGUUGAAGAGAUUUUUGCCAUGGACAAAAUACCAAGUUCUGAGGAGAUCAAACAAGUUGUUUUUGAUUUGGGGUCUGAUAGCGCGUCGGGUCCAGAUGGGUUCUCGGGUUGUUUCUACCGCCAUUGUUGGGAUAUCAUUCAGGAGGAUUUGAUUAACGCCAUUGUUAAUUGUUGGGGUGUUGGCCAUAUUCCUAAUGGGAUUUUAGCUACUAGACUAAGCACUGUCUUGGAAAAUCUUGUUUCCGAGGAACAAGUUGCUCUCAUGAAAGGGCACAAUAUUCAUGAAAAUAUCAUUCUGGCUUCUGAGAUGGUUAAUGAGAUGCACAUUAAGCGCAAGGAUGGUAAUGUUGGGCAUAAGCUUGAUAUAACUCAGGCUUUUGACACGGUGAUUUGGUCUUUUGUCUUAGAAGUUUUUCGUUGA